CAAAAUGUCCAACCGGGCCAUUUUGGCUCAAGAGAAGAUGCAUUCCAGGGACCCUCAGUUUUCACAGCGUCUAUUUGCUUUUCAGCUGUCCACGUGACCAUGAUAUCCCCACCGCAGCUUGAGGGGCGCGCGCUCUCGGACGUCAAGUUGGGCGAAGUGCUCGAUGGCAAAGUAGUUGGCGUAGCCAAGAACGCCCUCUUCAUGGACAUUGGCUGCGUGGUGGAGGGACAUUUGACAAAGAUGAAUAUGAAUGGUGAAUCGCCUGAAAGCUACUCGAUGGAUCAGACGGUGAAGGUAAAGAUCACGGAUAUCAAUACAGAGCGCUCUAAAAUUGAACUGUCGUUGGUGUAGAUGACAGUGAGGGCCCGCGGAUUCGGAAACAAGGCGCAUGAAUCCUGUGAACAUUCUGCGGCCGUGAAUGUUUGUGAUUGUUUGCGGCAUGCCUGACACUGACUCCCUACAUUUUGGAAUGAUUUGUUUUUGCAGUUCAUCUCAACAUCCGUACCCCGCAAAAGCUGGGUUGGCCUUUCGGACAUUUUUUUUUUUUUUUGGGCUAAUGCUGGGCUAUGGUUAUAUAGUUAGUGUGCAAGUCCUGCCGCUGCUCACUGCUCACUGAC